AUGAUUUUCUUCUCUAUACUGACGAAUAGUGUAAAACCUCCAGCUCCAUGGGGACCACAAGGAACUCAUGCUCAAAUACAAUAUCAACGUGAAGAGUUAGCUGCUUUUGUCCAUUACGGAAUGAACACUUAUACUGGUGUUGAAUGGGGAAACGGACACGAAAACGAAGAUUUGUUUAACCCUACAAAUUUAAAUACAGAUCAAUGGGUCACAUCAAUUCAAAAAGCUGGAUUUAAGAGAUUAAUUUUUGUUGGAAAGCAUCAUGAUGGAUUUUGCAUUUGGAAAACCAAUUACACAGUUCACAAUGUUAAUCGUAGUGCUAAAUUCCAAGCUACUUCUAAACAGCGCGGUCAAUCAGGUGAUGUCAUUGAAGAAUUAUCUAAGAGCUGUUCAAAAUACAACAUGAACAUGGGAUUUUAUUUAUCUCCAUUGGAUAUGAACAAUUCUGCCUAUGGAAAUGAAGAACUUUACAAUGAAUUUUACAUGAAUCAACUUCGAGAGAUUCUUGGAAACAAGAAAUACGGAAACAACGGUAAAUUUGUUGAAGUUUGGAUGGAUGGCGCCAAGAGUGAAGCGGCAAAAGAUCAGAAGUACUGGUUCUUGAAAUGGUUUGAUAUUAUUGACAAAUUACAACCAGAUUCAGUUGUAUUUUCUCCAUACGGAUCCACAGUCAGAUGGAUUGGUAAUGAGCGUGGUUACGCAGGCAAUCUUUGCUGGUCAAGAGUAAAUUUAUCACGUAUGAGAGGAGGCAAUACAAUUGGUCUUGGCGAAUAUGAAUACUACUUCCACGGUGAUCCCGAUGGCGAUAUCUGGAGUGUCGGCGAAUGCGAUGUAUCAAUCACAUCAGGUUGGUUCUGGACAGAAGGACGCGUUCCGAAGUCAAUGCAAGAACUCGCUGAUAUCUAUUUCAAUUCCGUUGGUCAUGGUCAGCCAUUGUUAUUAAAUGUUCCUCCAAAUAAGGAAGGUGUUCUUCCAGAUAACAUGGUCAAACGUCUUGAAGAGUUCGGAGAAACAAUUAGAAAGACUUACGAAGUUAAUUUCGCUAAUCAACCAGAUGUAAAAGUGACAGCAAGUAGUUUCAGAGGAAAUGAUCCACAAUUCAAGCCAGAAAACGCUGUUGAUGACAAUAUUUCGACAUAUUGGACAAUGGACGAUAAUGUUACAAAAGGUUGGAUUGAAAUUGAUCUCGGACAAAAACGUACUUUUGACAUUGUUUCUUUCUCGGAACACAUUGAUUUAGGACAAAGAGUUGAAGAGUGGUUUUUGUACUAUUUCGAUUCAUCUAAAAAUGAUUGGGUUUUAUUCGAAAAUGGAACAACAAUAAACACUCGUCAUCUUUGUUGGCAACAUCCUGUCACAUCACAAAAAAUCAAACUAGUUAUUACUAAAUCUCAAGAUGUUCCUUUGAUAGAAAGAAUCGGUGUUUACAAAGGAUACGGAGCUUUCUCGAAGAAGAGUUUAAUUCCUGAAGGUUUGACAGAAGUUUUAGCCGCAAAGUUCAAUAAAACAGGAAAUUGGAACAAUGAAGAUGAAGGUAUUUGGACGAGACAAGUUGGAGCAUCAGUAAGUUAUAAAUUCAUAGGAUCAAAAGUUUAUGUUGUAGGAAUUGUUGAUCCAGGACAUGGAAAAAUAGGUGUUUAUAUUGAUGGAAACAAAAUUACUGUAAUUAAUACGAAAGCUGAUGAAAGAAAACUUCGUCAAUUACUUUAUACAAGUCCUGAUUUAGAUUACGGUGACCAUGAGAUUAAACUUGUUUUAGAAUCAACUGCUUGCGCAUUACAUGGAUUUUAUUACUUGGAUAACAAAGGAAUGGGAAUGUUCCAGAUAAGAAAUGCAAAUUACGCAAUUGCUAAAGGUGGAAAAGUGAAGAUCCAAGUCGAUAGAAUUGGAGGAUCUUCUGGAAAAUGUUCUGUAACAUUCCAAACAGUUCCUGGAACAGCUGUUCAUGGAAAACAUUAUAUCAAUGUUUUAGAAAAACUUAACUUCGAAGAUGGUGAAAAAACCAAAUUAAUAUUAGUUAAAACUAUUGAGAAUCCUGAGAUAACAUCAAAUCUUACCUUCUUCGCACAAGUUGUUGAUCCAAGUGAAGGUUCUUUGAUUGGUUUUAAUGAUAUAUCGGAAAUAACAAUUUAUGAUGGAAAACCAAUCGAAGGAUUGAUUGACAUCGAUAGAAAAGAUAUGGAUUUCGAUGGAUCAUGGGAAGAUAAAGGAGAUGUUGUAGUUUCAAGUGAUGUCGGUGCAAACAUCGAAGCACAAUUUUAUGGAACAAAAGUCUUCAUUAUUGGUAAUAAAUCUCCAAAUACUGGAGAAAUUUUGGUUUUUAUUGAUAACAAAAAAGUUGGAAUUAUAGAUACUCAUUCCGAAUAUUUACAAAAAGAUCAGUUAUUAUUUACUUCUGAUGACUUGGAAUUGCCAAAUUCUCUUUCUCUUUCAUCACAUUCUAUUGUUUUAGUUUUGAUUUCAAAGAGAUGUGAAAUCAAGAAAUUUACUGUGUUGGAAAACAACGCAACAGGAAUGAUCUCAUUGGAAAAUGAGAAACUGACAAUCAAAGGAGGAAAUAAAAUUGAUUUCAAGAUAUUAAGAAGUGGCGGAAAUGAUGGAGAAUGCUCUGUUAGAUUACAAACUCUUCCAGGAACAGCUGUUGAAGGAAAGGAUUACAAACCAAUUGAUCAAAUCGUCAGUUUCUUGACAGGACAAAAUGAAAAGAAAGUGCAGAUAGAAACAAUGGAAAAUGAUAAAGAUGAUGUUGAUUUCUAUCUUACAAUUUCAGAACCCACAAAUGAUGUUGUUGUUAAAUUCAAUAGUUCAUGUGCAAUCAAGAUUUCAAACACAAUUCCUUCUCCAAUUACAGAAACACCAGUUCCACCAAUCUCUUAUACAUCUACUCCAGAUCCACAACCAAAGAAUAAGAAAGUUAUGAUCAUUGUUAUUUCUCUUUCUUGCGGAAUUAUUGUCGUUGCAAUUUUGGGAUUUAUCAUUUACAGAAUUGUUAAGAGCAGAGAAAAUGAAAAGUUCCCUAUGAUCAGCAAAGAGUUGUCUUCUGGAUCAAACACAAAUUAUAUUUAA